AUGCUAAAAGGUGACUUUGCUUCCUUUGCUGGGUUCCAGACAAAAAAAGGGGUGAAGAGGAAAGCAGACACCACGACGCCGACGACCAUCGACGCGAUCCACGACUCCUCAUCGCUACCCACCGAAGCCAAGUCCACCAAGCUGGGGCCGCGCCGGGAGAGCAGCCGCCCGGUGAAGCCUCCCAAGAAGGACGUGCCGGACUCUCAGCAGCACGCGGUGGAGAAGAGCAGCAAGAUCUCAGAGCAGCUGAAAUACUGCAGUGGGAUCAUCAAGGAGAUGUUCGCCAAGAAGCACGCCGCCUACGCCUGGCCCUUCUACAAACCCGUGGACGUGGAGGCGCUGGGGCUGCACGAUUACUGUGACAUCAUCAAACACCCCAUGGACCUGAGCACCAUCAAAUCCAAGCUGGAGAGCCGGGAGUACCGGGACGCUCAGGAGUUCGCGGCGGACGUGCGGCUGAUGUUCUCCAACUGCUACAAGUACAACCCCGCUGACCACGAGGUGGUGGCCAUGGCGAGGAAGCUGCAGGACGUGUUCGAGAUGCGCUUCGCCAAGAUGCCGGACGAGCCGGAGGAGCCGGCGAUCCCGGCCUCCUCCCCCGUGGUGGUGCCACCCCCCACCAAGGGGUUGUCCCCACACCCUUGCUGUGGUCAGCACUCAGCUGUCCAUCAACAGGCUGGAAGAAGUGACGUAAUGAACAGUGAAAGAUGAGGGGAGGGAAGGAAAAAGCAGAUGAUGAAUUAAUGCUGGUGUUGGGGUGUCUCUGCCCUGCAGCUCAAGGCCGUGCACGAACAGCUCGCGGCCCUGUCCCAGCCGCAGCAGAACAAACCAAAGAAAAAGGAGAAGGACAAGAAGGAGAAGAAGAAGGAGAAGCACAAAAAGAAGGAGGAGCUGGAAGAUGCCAAGAAGAGCAAAGCCAAGGAGCCGCUGCCCAAGAAGGCCAAGAAGAGCAACAGCACCAGCAGCGCCUCCAGCAAGAAGGAGCCGGUGGCGGUGAAGAGCAGCAAGGCGCCGGCGGCCUACGAGUCAGAGGAGGAGGAGAAGUGCAAGCCCAUGUCCUACGAGGAGAAGCGGCAGCUGAGCCUGGACAUCAACAAGCUGCCGGGCGAGAAGCUGGGCAGGGUGGUGCACAUCAUCCAGUCCAGGGAGCCCUCCCUGAAGAACUCCAACCCCGACGAGAUCGAGAUCGACUUCGAGACCCUCAAGCCCUCCACGCUGCGGGAGCUGGAGCGCUACGUCACCUCCUGCCUGCGCAAGAAGAGGAAACCCCCAGCAGAGAAGGUGGACGUGGUGGCCGGCUCCUCCAAGGUGAAGGGCUUCUCCUCCUCCGAGUCGGAGAGCAGCAGCGAGUCCAGCUCCUCCGACAGCGAAGAGUCAGACACAGGUUAG